CAGGUGCAGGAAGGACAGGAGCAGGAAGGACAGGUGAAGGAAGGACAGGUGCAGGAAGGACAGGUGCAGGAAGGACAGGUGCAGGAAGGACAGGAGCAGGAAGGACAGGUGCAGGAAGGACAGGAGCAGGAAGGACAGGAGCAGGAAGGACAGGUGCAGGAAGGACAGGUGCAGGAAGGAAAGGUGCAGGAAGGACAGGUGCAGGAAGGACAGGAGCAGGAAGGACAGGUGCAGGAAGGACAGGAGCAGGAAGGACAGGUGCAGGAAGGACAGGAGCAGGAAGGACAGGAGCAGGAAGGACAGGUGCAGGAAGGACAGGUGCAGGUUACCUGACCGGAAGUUACCUGGAUGAGCCGGGCUCACAGCUGCAUGAACUGAACCUGCUGAUCUGGACCAGGACUGACACAGCAGACUGAUGUGAAGAUGAAGCUGAACUUCUUCUUCUGGUUCUCCGCGUUCCUCUCCGUGUUCCACCCCGGAUCAGACGGCCGACCCGCCGGCGCUGCUCCUGGUCACCAGCUGCUGCUCCGCCUGAAGGAGGCGCUGCCGCUGGGAGGGGGGGACUCCUCCUCCUCCUCCUCAGAGAUGAAGAGGGUUCUGCUGCAGCUCGGUCCAGAGAAGAUGAGGAGGUCUGAAGAACCUCCGCUGUCUCUGGACCUGACGUUCCACCUCCUCAGGGAGGUUCUGGAGAUGGCCCGGGCCGAGCAGCUGGCCCAGCAGGCCGACAGCAACCGCAGGAUGAUGGACAGCUACGGGAAAUGACCCUGAACCUUGUUCUGCAGAACCCAGAGAAGUCCACCAGAACCAGAACCUUUUACAAACUGGACUGAAUCGGGUUCUGCUAAGCUCUGCGAUCUGUUAUCAAUAAUCAAUAAAAAGAUGAAAGCCCACAUCUCCUUUGAUCUUCUGAUUCCUUUCCAUGAAACCUUUGAUCUGAUCAUGAAAGAAUCUGUUCCUGCUGCAGAACCUCACACUAUCUCACCUGCUGCCGGGUUCUGGCACAGCGCCGGCCCAGAACGUGUGCAGGAGGUUCUGUAGACACACAGGAGGUUCUGUAGACAUACAGGUGGUUCUGUAGACAUGCAGAUGGUUCUGUUAACAUGCAGGUGGUUCUGUUUACAUGCAGGUGGUUCUGUUUACAUACAGGUGGUUCUGUUAACAUGCAGGAGGUUCUGUUUACAUGCAGAUGGUUCUGUUAACAUGCAGGUGGUUCUGUUUACAUGCAGGUGGUUCUGUAGACAUGCAGGUGGUUCUGUAAACAUGCAGGUGGUUCUGUAAACAUGCAGGUGGUUCUGUUAACAUGCAGGUGGUUCUGUAGACGUACAGGUGGUUCUGUAAACAUGCAGGUGGUUCUGUUAACAUGCAGGUGGUUCUGUAGACGUACAGGUGGUUCUGUAGAUAUGCAGAUGGUUCUGUUAACAUGCAGGUGGUUCUGUAGACAUGCAGAUGGUUCUGUAAACAUGCAGGUGGUUCUGUAGACAUGCAGAUGGUUCUGUAAACAUGCAGGUGGUUCUGUAGACACACAGGAGGUUCUGUAGACAUGCAGGUGGUUCUUUUUACAUGCAGAUGGUUCUGUAAACAUGCAGAUGGUUCUGUAAACAUGCAGGUGGUUCUGUAGACAUGCAGGUGGUUCUGUUAACAUGCAGGUGGUUCUGUAGACGUACAGGUGGUUCUUUUUACAUGCAGAUGGUUCUGUAGAAAUGCAGAUGGUUCUGGUUCUGUAGAUAUCCUCCUGCAGGAGUAAAG